CCUUGAGGAUUUCCUCCUUUGGAAUAGCACCAUCAGCCUCAUCUAUCCACUAUCAUGGUCUCAUGGCUUUCUAAUGGUUGAGAAUGAUCUGCUUUUCAGAUAAUACCAUCCAGUCGAUUUUCUGUUGCUGCUGUUGCUGUUCCGUGCAGAAGCGGCAAGUGAGAACACAAAUAAGCCUAAGCAAAGAUGAAGAACUUUCAGAAAAAUGUCCUCAGCGUCGCAGGCCGUGGUUCAGUGAAUUGUCAAGUAAGAAGCAAUCCGACAGGGGCCGCGUGCAACCGUCAAAACGCAAGCCGCUGCCUCCCCUCCCACUCUCUGAGGUUGCUGAAGAGAAGAUCCAAGUGAAAGCUCUGUAUGAUUUUCUGCCCAGAGAGCCCUGUGAUUUAGCAUUAAAGAGAGCAGAGGAAUACCUGAUAUUGGAGAAGUACAAUCCUCACUGGUGGAAGGCAAGAGACCGUUUGGGGAAUGAAGGCUUAAUCCCAAGCAACUACGUGACUGAAAACAAAUUAACCAAUUUAGAAAUAUAUGAGUGGUACCAUAGAAACAUUACCAGAAAUCAGGCAGAACGUCUUUUGAGACAAGAGGCUAAAGAAGGAGCAUUUAUUGUCAGAGAUUCAAGGCAUUUGGGAUCCUACACAAUUUCUGUGUUUAUAAGAGCUAGAAGAAGUAUGGAGGCUACCAUCAAACAUUAUCAGAUUAAAAGGAAUGACUCUGGACAGUGGUACGUGGCUGAAAGGCACCUCUUUGAAUCAAUCCCUGAUUUGAUCUGGUAUCACCAGCACAAUGCAGCCGGUCUCAUGACGCGUCUCCGCUACCCAGUUGGGCUGAUGGGCAAUUGUUUGCCGGCCACGGCUGGUUUCAGCUAUGAAAAGUGGGAGAUCGAUCCGUCUGAGUUGGCUUUUGUAGAGGAGAUUGGAAGUGGUCAGUUUGGGGUGGUGCAUUUAGGCAAGUGGCGAUCACACAUCCAGGUAGCCAUCAAGGCCAUCAAUGAAGGCUCCAUGUCUGAAGAGGAUUUCAUCGAAGAGGCCAAAGUGAUGACGAAAUUAUCUCAUUCAAGGCUAGUUCAGCUUUAUGGCGUAUGUACACAGCAGAAGCCUCUUUACAUUGUGACAGAAUUUAUGGAAAAUGGCUGCCUGCUUAACUACCUCAGAGAGAGAAAAGGCAAGCUUAGGAAGGAAAUGCUACUGAGUGUGUGCCAGGAUAUAUGUGAAGGAAUGGAGUAUCUGGAGAGAAACUGCUUUAUUCACAGGGAUUUAGCAGCAAGGAAUUGUUUGGUCAGUUCUACAAGUGUAGUAAAAAUUUCGGACUUUGGAAUGACAAGGUAUGUUUUGGAUGAUGAAUAUAUCUGUUCUUCUGGAGCCAAGUUCCCAGUCAAGUGGUCCCCUCCUGAAGUUUUCCAUUUCAACAAGUACAGCAGCAAAUCUGACGUCUGGUCAUUCGGAGUCUUAAUGUGGGAAGUUUUUACAGAAGGAAAAAUGCCUUUUGAAAAUAAGUCAAAUUUGCAAGUUGUGGAAGCCAUUUCUAAUGGCUUCAGACUAUACCGCCCUCGCCUGGCACCAAUGUCCGUAUACGAAGUCAUGUACAGCUGCUGGCAUGAGAAACCCAAAGGCCGCCCUACGUUCACUGAGCUGCUGCAGGUUCUCACAGAGAUUGCAGAAACCUGGUGACCUGAAUGGAAUGGCACCCCAGAGGAUCAUCUUGCAAAACUGUCACAAAAGGAAAUCCUGUGUAGGGUCACCGAUAGUGACUAUCUUCCUUUAGAGUUGCUGACGCUUGGAAACAGCGCAAAGAUCACAGGCUUUUCAAACUUUUUAAAAUUUAAGAAUAUUCUGACAGUUUUUCUACAUGUAUAUUUGAGAGGAACUUCUGAACUCUUAUUUUUCUGUGAUAUUCUUCAUGUCCCGUAUGUGAAGAAGGAAAAAAUGCUCUGUAGCAGUCUUCAUAGUGGCUCUCUUCACGAGAAUAGCCCUGAGAGCCCCUGAGGGUAUGUGACAACCUGACCCUUUCCAGGGCUGAGGACAUUUCUUUCCUGAAGGGGAGUGACAUUCUGAGUGACAUUUCCUGAAGGGGAGUGUUCCAUGCACAGAAGAUGAAAAGGAAUUCCGCCAACUCAUGGAAUAAAGGAGACUCCUCUGUAGAAUUUCAUGCCUUUGAACUGUACAGAUCUUUACAGAAAAUGCACCUUAACAAACGACAUGAAUGUGAGCAUUCUGGAACUGUCUUUUACAGUCUUCCCCAUGUUAUUUAAGAAAUUGUUUUUGUACAUAUCUCAUUAGUUUGCAGACAGUUUCUUGUAUUCCAGUUUUAAACACUGUUUUAGGACAUAAUCAAAGUUCUUCUUUGAAUAGGUCCUGGUGACAUUUCUAUUUCUAGUGAUAUCCAUUGUCAGGGACAAUUCAGAACCUGAGUCUCAAUUCUGAGAUUUCACACUUUGUACACGUGAAAUUGGACAAUUUAAGAAACCUUAUUUUGUCAUAAAAAGCACCUCCUGUUUAUUUCUAGAGGAUGAGUUGGUCUUUCCACAAGAACAAGAGGAAGCAAAAACAAGAUGUCCAAAUGUUACAUAAAGCUCUGUUAUUUCCAUAGUCCAGGGUUUUGAAUUCAAGGUGAAAUAACUAGUAAUCAUAAUUAAAUCUUAAUUUCUCAUGCACUGUUUGUAGGAAUGAUUGGAAAUUGAUCUUUAUCAUUCUGAGUGCUUCAGAAGUACCACAGGAGGAAGGGUGCUGCAGAAAGCACCAGCGUCAUCGCCAUGGAGUUUAACAACAAAUGGGAGCCUACUGUUUGUAUAUUGUCCCACUCUGCAUCAUGGUCCUGGGGGAACAUGUUUUAUGAUUCUCAUUAGAUUCUAAGUUGCUGGCCAUCAGUGGUUGUAACUUUUAAAUCAUAUUUCCCCACUCCAAGAAUGAUAUCUUUGGAUAUCAAUGGUAUUCAAUAAAUGUGCAUUAAAAUAAUGAGCAUCAGGCACAAGAAUUAUCAACCUUGCUGAUUCAAGUGGUGGUCUCAGAAAUGUUUGUAUGAGAUACUGUGCUGUGUCUGAGACUAUGACACCCCUUUUCCUCAUGACUCCUGCUAUGGGGAGGUGAGACAGGAGAUCCUAUGACUGAGACCUUAGUUCAAGUAAAAUGUGUGAAAAUCUAGCUCAAGAGGGCAUGAGACUAUUUAACAGCAAAAGCAAAGGGAGGGAAGGUAAUGUUAUUACAUAGGAAAUAAAAUAAUACCAAUAUAUGCAGUAAGGUGUCCUUCUCAGGUUUUACUAGGCUUGGAAGUCCCUACUCUCCCCCAAAAAGAAAAAAGCAAAACCCAAACACUGAAAAGCUAGGACUGACUAUAGAGCAUCUCCCAUGUCUAGAGAUGCAAUGCAGGGAGACAGAAUACAGAGCACAGAGUGAUACCAGAUGUAAGUCGUUCCUGGGGGUUAUAUGGCAGCAGUUGGCACUCUAAGAGCAUAUAUUGGCAGUGGCAGGCGAGCUCUAUUCCUUUUAACAUGUAAGAAAGUUUGAGAUACCAAAUUAGGAACAGGAAUAACUGGAGCUAUCAUAUAAGUAACUAAGACUCCAGAUAAUGUGUGAAUGUGGAAUGAUUAUGGACAGCAGUUCAACACUCUCAUCUAACAAAAGAAAACAUUUCUUUAAGAGGUAGCCACACAACUUACGGAAGGAAACUACGUUUUGCAACCAGUCUUAAUGUUAGUCAUUGAUGUGACCUCUCCGUGAGUAGCUUAACUACUCUGGGGUGAGGCAUUGCAAUAAAUAGCUCUGCAUAAGAAAUAAAUACGAAGUUUAGGGGUUAGUUGUGGGUGAGAGCCCUCAAAAAAGAGAAGACAGGAGAUCAAAGGAGAGAAAGGAAGCUCAGAAAAAAGGGAAGAAUUUGGAGGCCAAGGGGAAGAUACAAUAAGUAUAAAUAACAUUUAAGGCAAAAAUAGCCAAAGGAAUUGUUUUUCUUUAGUAAACUUUUUACUGAAGUACAAUACAUGGUUCCACCGUUGCAUUGGCACCAUGUUUGGCUGGCAAUCAAACUCACAAGACACAACAGCAUUUAAUCCAGCACUAAGUUUGCUUAGCUUUUUGUAAGGUUACAGGACAGGAAAGAAAGCAUGCACAGCCCUUCAGUCUCAAUGGAAGACUUCCAAUUCUCCAUGUGCAUAGAUGCUUGAGUCCCUCCUCAUCUGCCUGGAGAGUGUGUAUGAUUGCUGGCGAUAAGGCCAUAGUGUAUGGGGUUGAUCUUGAUGCAAAGAAGCUUUUCCCUUGGUUCCCCAUCAGUUAUGUAGGCGUACAGUUCACAGGUCUCCCAGCCCAUGUGCUGUCUCACAGACCAGAGAUUUCAAAGCAUACGAAACAUGUGUCUGGCCCUGGUACUCAACAUUCCGAAUUUAGCUUAACUUGGGACAUAUCCAAGGGACUGGUGCUGGGAGAAAGCAAACUAUAACCCUCCAAGGCAGGUCUAGGUCUGAGAGAAAAAGAGUACAGGCCCGCUGUUGACCCUUUACUCACAUAUACAUAAAUAGAAGUACACAAAUCAUGUGUACAUAGCUUAAUUUUCACAAAGUGAGUAUAUCUGUGUAACUAGCACUCAGAUCAAGAAAUGGAACAUUUCAGAAUUUCAAAAGCCAUUCUCAUUCCCUAUUCAACUCAUUGACCCAUUAGUAAUCCACAUCCUGAUUUCCAACACCAUGAAUUAGUAUGGGCUACUUUUGAAUUUUCUGUACAUAGGAUCCUAUGGCAUGUACUCUUUUGUGCCUUGCUUCUUUCACUUGAUAUGUUUGUGUGAUCCAUCCAUGUUGUGUGUAGCUAUGUUGCAUUAUUUCUCAUUUCUGUGUGGUCUUCCACUGUAUAGUUAUACCGCAGAUUAUUUAUCUCUUCUACUCUUGAUGGAUAUUUGGGUCGUUACCAAUUUUUGCCUAUUAGCCUCUGCCAUGCACAUUUUUCUACAUAUCUUUUGGCGAAAAUAUGUAUAUAUUUCUGUUACAUGUAUGCUUAGGAGUGGAAUUGCGGUGCCAAAAAUUAUGUGUAUGUUUAGCAUUUGUAAGUAGUGCCGAACAGUUUUCCUAAGUGGGUAUAACGAAGGCCACAACGAGCAGCAGAGUAUGAGUGUUCCAGUUGCUUCACAUCCUCAACAACGUUUGGAAUCGUCUUGGCCGUUACAAUGACUAAAGAGUUUUUAUGGACAAGGGUGUCUCGUAUUUGAUUUUAAGUUGUUUGUGGAGCUGGUGCUACCAUAUAAUCUCUGUCCCCCACUCUGUUGUCAGCAUAGCAGUAUGCUACACGCACAACCUAAAUUAGAUAGCAUUUGAGAAGACUGAAUGAUUGGGGUGAUACAAAAGGAAAAUAUUAGCGAUGUCAUGCAGAGCAGGGGGGAAUUUGACAGAAACAAGAACUUGGAUCUGGAGAUAUUAUGAAAGAUGUGGGUUUCCCGUCAUCUGUGGGAUGGACAGAUGCACACACACACACACACACACCCCUCCUAUUUGUAUCUCUAAUUUCUUUCCAUGGACGGGGGGGUCUUAUCAAUCAGAAGGCCAUGACUUGAUGAGAAAUUUUAUAGGUUUGGCAAAACAAGUUUGGGGGUUGGCACUGGAGACAGAUGCACUGCUUGACCUGUAGAGAAACCAGAGAAGGGCAGCGGGGGAGAGAAGCAGAUAAAAGAGCUGGAGGGACGACAUUGCCUGAUUCAGUGAAAGACCCAGGGGAGCAUAAAUGUCUGUUAUCUUAUGUUGUCCAUGAUGUAACCACCCCAUCCCCAUUACCCCCAGCUAUUCAGUAGGGUCAGUGAGACUCAGGAAUGCGUGGUUGAGUGGGUUUUAUAGGGUGUGGGAAGUGACGGUAUGUAUUUCACUUCUGGUUCUACAUGGCAUGGGGCAGAGCCAUAUGAAAUGUGUGGAAGCCUGGGAAGCAGAAGAAGCUCUAAGCACAUAAGACCCCUGAGAAUUUGUCUAAAUCUGGGAUAAAGCGUUGGUUAUAUAUCAGUUGUGCAAUUGCUACACUGAAGUUGGGGUGAAGGUCGUUCCAGCCAAUUUAACUUGAUUUUGAGGCUAGGAAGAAGCUCAGCUAACAUCUGGGUUACAGAUACUCAACU